AUGGCUGGAGAAAGUGUCAAAGAGAAGAUUCGCAGUCUACUGCACCCAUCAGAUAGGGCUGCCAUGUCUGAUACUGACAGCAUAGCGCCUCUCUUCAAGAAAGAACCAAAGAAACCGAAGCAAACUCCAGAGGUUGCUCCACUGCCAUAUAACGGCGACCAAUGCUUUGGCUCUUGCUGCCGCGGGCGAGGGUACCCGAGAUGA